GUGAAAAAAAUGUUCUCAGACGAUUUCUACCAGUUCGUUGAGCUAUGUUUAACUAAGAGUCCGAUAUCUCGUUGGUCUGCAUCAAAAUUAGUAACACACUCCUUUUUGAAGCAAUGCCGUAAUACUAGUAUUUCUGAAAAUUUGAAAGACAUCAGUUUUGAUUUGGAUACAUCUAAAAUUAAAGAAGAUAAAUCAGUUCUCAAGAUUGGUGUAACAACGAAGAGAAACUGUGAUGAUAUUAUAUGGAGCUUUUAAUAUGGUGAAAUAAGUGUUACUCAAUCAAUCACUACAUAGCCUCUACCAAACCCUGAAGACUAAACAUAGGGUCGACAAGGGUUUUCAGCACUUUAAACGAAUGCAGUUCUGAAUUGGGAGUUUGCCUUUAAUUACCAUUAGCUUCAAUAAAAAAUAAUAUUUAUUUCUAUAAAUCUGUUUUAAUUCAAUAUGAAGUAUAGAAAACUUUAAUGUAAGAUAUUUUUGAUAUGCCUAUGCCUGUAUUUAUUGAAUAUCAAGCAGCAAUAAAGCUUUUAAUAAAUGUGGCCUGGACUUAAA